AGAGGCCCCUCCCCUCCCCCCCCCCCCCGCUACAGCAGCCGGAGGAGGCCGGGCCGGGCCGGGCGGCGGCAGCGAGGAGGAGGCGGGCAGUCCUUGUCCCCAGAAAGCAUUUGGGACAGGAAGACAGGCUAUUCCGCUUGCAAACAAGAUCAGAGCUUUUCACAUCUAACCUGCUGUCUGACCAUUGCAAAGCUUAGGAGUGUCAGUCCCUAAUUGGGUUUAAGCUACAAUACAUCAUUUCCUCUAUCAGUGGCAAGGAGCCAACGAUGCAGUACAUCAGCACGCGAGGAGGAGCCGGGAGCCUGGAUUUUGAAGACGCUCUGUUUUCGGGGUAUGCUACAGAUGGUGGUCUCCUCAUGCCUGAGACAAUCCCAGCUCUGGACCACGUCACACUUCAGAAAUGGAGCAGCUUCUCCUACCCGGAACUGGUGAAACAGCUGAGCUCCAUCUUCAUUCCAGCUGAACUUAUUCCCAGAGCGGAUCUGAAUGGCCUGAUUGACGGGGCGUUCAGAAGGUUCAGACACAAGGAGGUUGUUCCUCUGUCAAGACUGAAGAAGGACUUAAACAUUUUGGAACUCUGGCAUGGUGCCACCUUUGCUUUUAAGGAUUUGGCCUUGUCCUGCACGGGGCAGUUUCUACAAUACUUUCUGAAGAAGAGGAAGAAGCACGUCACAAUUCUUGUGGGGACGUCCGGAGACACUGGCAGCUCCGCAAUUGAAAGUGUCAGAGGUGAAAGGAACAUGGACAUAUUUGUUCUGCUGCCGCACGGUCUCUGUAGCCAAGAACAGGAGCUGCAGAUGACUACAGUCACGGAAGAGAACGUCCAUGUGUUUCUCGCUGAUGGAAACAGCGAUGACAUUGAUGAGCCCAUCAAAGAAUUGUUUGCAGAUGAGGCUUUUGCCAGAAGACACCAUCUGAUGAGCCUGAAUUCGGUCAACUGGUCCAGAAUCCUGGUGCAGAUGGCUCAUCAUUUCUACGCCUACUUCCAGUGUGCCCCACCCAUAGAUGCUGCUCCACUGCCCGUGGUGGAAAUUGUUGUUCCAACUGGGGGAGGAGGGAAUCUCACAGCUGGAUUGAUUGCCAAAAAAAUGGGGCUCCCCAUUGAGCUGGUGGCUGCGGUCAACAGCAAUGACAUUGUCCACAGGAGUGUCCAGCAGGGGGAUUUCUCCGUGGCCAGGAGCAGGAUGGCUACUCUUGCCUCAGCAAUGGACAUCCAGGAACCUUACAACAUGGAGAGGAUCUUUUGGCUACUCUCCGGCUUCGACAGCAGCUUAGUGAAACGUUUGAUGGAAGAGUUUUAUACGACAAAGAAAGUCAAGCUUCCAGAGAAGCUGCAGAAGGCACUCUCAGAGGCCCUGAGGACAGGCUCCUUCUCUGAUGAGGACAUUCUUCAGACCAUGAGGAGCUGCUGGGAAGAGAACCGGUACCUCCUGUGUCCGCAUUCAGCCGUGGCUGUGGGCUACCAUUACAGGCACCCCCCCAGCCCCCAGCUCAGCAGGUGCUGCUUGGCUCCUGCUUCUCCCGUCAAGUUCAAGGACGCUGUCCUCAAAGCUGGUCUUACCCCUGAAGUUGCCCCGGAGAUAAGCGCCUUGAAGAAGAUGGAGACCAGAUCCAGGCCGCUGAGCCGAGACGAAAACUGGACAGACGUGUUGCGGCAAGAAAUAGAGGCAGUUACCAGACAAAGAUCUCUUGUCUUAAACUGAAUAUUUGCAGGAAUUACGGGGGCAUUUGCCUCAUCAAAGUCUGUUAGUCCUAUGGAAGACCCACACCUCCACAGAUGGCAUUAUGAUAUCUUUCUUUCGCUCAUGAAUCAAGAAUUCACUGUUGGGUAGAAUUCUCACUCACAGUAAACAUUGUUUAAAAGUGAAGUUCAGUGUAAGUCUUUGAUCCUGAAGAGAAACAAGUCUUUCACAAAGUACAAAUCAUGUUAUUUUAAAAAAUAUACUUUGCUCAUUGCCUGGUUGAACUUCAUACAUCUGGCAAAAUGGAUUAUAGCCAAAUAAAUCCUUAUUUUUAUAUAUUAUAG